AUGAAGUACAUUCUGGUGACGGGAGGGGUGGUGAGCGGCCUGGGCAAGGGUGUGACGGCCUCCUCCAUUGGAGUGCUCCUCAAAGCCUGCGGUCUGCGCGUCACCUCCCUGAAGAUUGACCCGUACCUGAAUGUGGAUGCCGGCACGAUGUCCCCCCUGGAGCACGGCGAAGUGUUCGUCCUCGACGACGGUGGCGAGGCCGACCUGGAUCUGGGCAACUACGAGCGAUUCCUGGACAUUUCACUGAGCAAGAACAACAACUUGACCACCGGGAAGGUCUACCAGGCGGUAAUCGAGAGGGAGAGGCGCGGCGACUACCUGGGGAAGACGGUGCAGGUCGUGCCGCACAUCACCAACGAGAUCCAGGACUGGAUUGAGCGCGUGGCCCACGUCCCAGUGGACGGCACGGGCUCCAUCCCCGAGGUCUGCGUGAUCGAGCUGGGCGGGACGGUGGGCGACAUCGAGUCCAUGCCCUUCAUCGAGGCGCUGCGCCAGUUCCAGUUCCGCGUGGGGUCAGGGAACUUCUGCGUGGUGCAUGUCAGCCUGGUGCCCGUGAUCGGGGCCGUGGGCGAACAGAAGACCAAGCCCACCCAGCACAGCGUCUCCACCCUGCGCUCCCUGGGCCUGAACCCCUCCCUGCUGGCCUGUCGCUCUUCAGAGCCCCUUAACCAAUCGGUCCGCGAGAAGCUGGCCUCCUUCUGCCACGUGGCCCCGGAGCAGGUGCUGACGAUGCACGAUGUGUCCAACAUCUGGAGGGUGCCCCUCAUGCUGCAGGACCAGGGGGCCCACACCACCAUCUGCAGCGUCCUUGGCCUCGGCGCCUCCGCCCCCAAGAUCGACAUGCAGCGCUGGAAGACCGGCAUCGCCGACAAGUGGGACAGCUUGAGGGAGGCCCAGGCGGUCAAGAUCGUGCUGGUGGGCAAGUACGUCGAGCUGAUGGACGCGUACCUGUCGGUCACCAAGGCGCUGCAGCAUGCCUGCCUGGCAGCUAGCGUGAAGCUGGACCUGGAGAUUCUGGAGUCUGGUGACCUCGAGCCCGUCACGGCCGACUCGCCCCACGAUGAGGCAGCACACCAAGCUGCAUGGGCCAUGCUCAGGUCGGCCAAGGGCAUCCUGGUGCCCGGCGGCUUUGGCGGGCGCGGGACGGAGGGCAAGAUCGCGGCCGCCCAGUACGCCCGCACGCAUGGCGUGCCCUACUUUGGCAUCUGCCUGGGCAUGCAGGUCGCGGUCAUCGAGUUCGCGCGCAGCGUGCUCGGCCUGGCGGGGGCCAACAGUACAGAGUGGGACCCUGCCUCCCCCGCCCCCGUCGUCGUGUUCAUGCCGGAGAUCUCCACCACGCACAAGGGCGGCACCAUGCGCCUGGGCAUGCGGCGCACGCUGCUGGAGACCACCGACUGUGUUGCCGCCAAGCUGUACCAGGCGGAGCAGUGGGUGGACGAGCGGUACCGGCACCGGUACGAGAUCAACCCGGAGUAUGUGCCGCAGCUGGAGGAGGCGGGGAUGAGGUUCGUGGGCCGGGACGAGACCGGGUCACGCAUGGGCAUUCUGGAGCUUCGAGACCACCCCUACUACGUCGCCGCCCAGUUCCACCCGGAGUUCAAGUCGCGCCCAUUCAAAGCCUCACCCUUCUUCCUGGGGCUCAUUUUGGCCGCAGCAGGCAAGCUCAACACGUACCUGUCUGGGCGUGCCACUCCGGUGACCUCCCCCGUGAAGAGGCAAUCUCCCGGGGUCAAAGCCAAUGGCCACAUCUCUGCUGCCUUCAAGACCCUGGCCGUCGAAUGA